AUGAGUAGUAUUGGUAGUAGAUUAACAAGGACCGCAAGAGCAAAAAAUGUUCUAAACUACAAGGAAAAAGAGGAAUAUGAUUUAAAACCAGAUAUUAUUCCUUCUGAUGAUGAUGAUGAUGAGAGAUCUGGUACAACAUUACUUGGGGACUCUGUAGCUCCUAUUUGGUUACAUGACGAUGUCAAAGAAGGUUCUGACAUUGAAUUGGAUUCUGAAAAUGGUGAAGAAAAUGAUGAUGAUGAACAGAUCAAUACUUUGAUUGAUGGUAACCAUGAAGGAGAUGAUAAAGAGGUCGAAUCCUUGGAAGAUCUUGAUGAAGAGGAUUCUCGUUUAGUUAGAGACAAAUUGAAGAAAUUGGAUGAGUUUGUCAAUCAAAGUAAAGUUUACUCUGGUAUUAUUGCAGAUACUUUAUUAAAGAGAAGUACUGAACUUAUUGAGGAAAAAGAAGAAGAAAAAGAAGAAAUGGUAAAGAAAAUCGGGAAGAAAGAGGAAGUAAGUGACAUGCCAGUUGCUAAGAAACAAAAACCAAAUAAGAAAAAAAGAUCUAUCUUGGAUUUUUUCAGGUCUGUUAAGAAAACAGAUGAUCAGCUAGAGGCUAAAGAAGAAACUGAAGAAAAGCUCAAUUUAAAUGGUUCAGACGCUUCUGUCAAUGCAGAAAUAAAAGAGGAACAACCUUCGUUAUUAGAAAAUUGCGUAUUGAAACCUUAUCAAAUGGAAGGUUUGAAUUGGCUGGUCACUUUAUAUGAAAAUGGUCUGAAUGGGAUCCUAGCUGAUGAAAUGGGUCUAGGUAAGACGCUUCAAAGUAUUGCUUUAUUGGCAUUUGUCUAUGAAAUGGACACAAAAGGUCCAUUCUUAAUUGCUGCUCCUCUGAGUACAGUUGAUAACUGGAUGAAUGAAUUUGAGAAAUUUGCCCCAUCUUUACCAGUUUUAAAAUAUUACCAUCAAGGUGGAUUUCAAGAACGUUCUAAGUUAUUACAUAAUUUUUUUAAAAAGACAAAGGGAACCGGUAUUGUGGUAACAUCUUAUGAAGUAAUUAUGAGGGACGCUGACUAUAUAAUGUCACAAGAAUGGAAAUUUUUAAUAGUAGAUGAAGGUCAUCGUUUGAAGAAUAUUAAUUCAAAACUUAUUAGAGAAUUGAAAAGAAUAAAUACGAACAAUAGAUUACUAUUAACUGGUACACCAUUGCAAAAUAAUUUGGCAGAGCUUUGGUCGUUAUUGAAUUUUAUUAUGCCCGAUAUAUUUUCAGAUUUUGAAAUGUUUAAUAAGUGGUUCGAUUUUAAAAACUUGGAUUUACAAAGUAAUUCUCAGAGUCUAAACAAAGUCAUUAAUGAUGAAUUGGAAAAGAAUCUGAUUACAAAUUUGCAUACAAUCUUAAAACCAUUUCUGUUAAGAAGAUUAAAGAAGAACGUACUGAUGGGUAUCUUACCACCGAAAAGAGAAUAUAUUGUCAACUGUCCAAUGACGCAAAUUCAAAAGAAAUUUUAUACAAAGGCAUUGAAUAGUAAAUUAAAAUUGACUGUUUUUAAAGAACUUGUCAAAGAAUUUUUUACGAUUAACCAGGACUAUAUUGGUCGUGUAUCGAAUAAAUCCAUCAGAGAAUAUAUUGACUACAAAUUGAACACCGAGAAUGGUAAUAAGAUAGAAGAUAAUGAAUAUCCUAAUGAUAUUAUUAGAGGUAUGGACAAACUUUAUAAAGAACACCUGCAUAGUGAGCUGAUAAAUAAAAGAUUACAAAACAUGAUGAUGCAAUUGAGACAAAUUGUAGAUUCUACUUAUCUCUUCUACUUUCCAUAUUUGCAUCCGGAGGAUUUAACAUUGGAUGAUCUUUUGAAAACAUCUGGUAAAUUGCAGACUCUUCAAAAAUUGGUAAUACCUUUAAUUAAAAGAGGGCAUAAGAUACUGAUAUUUUCUCAAUUAGUCAAGAUGCUAGACCUGUUGGAGGAUUGGUGUGAUUUGAAUUCUUUAAAAUGUCUCAGGAUUGAUGGUUCUGUUGAUAACGAAACUAGAAAACAAGGUAUUAAACAAUUUAACACUGAAGGUGAUGACCACCAGGUUUAUUUGUUAUCCACCAGGGCAGCCGGUCUAGGUAUUAACCUUACUGCCGCAGAUACCGUUGUUUUGUUUGAUAGUGAUUGGAAUCCACAAGUUGAUCUGCAAGCAAUGGACCGUUGUCAUAGAAUAGGGCAGGAUAAACCAGUCAUUAUAUAUCGAUUUUGUUGUGAUAAUACCAUUGAACAUGUAAUUCUUACAAGAGCAUCCAACAAAAGAAAAUUAGAAAGAAUGGUUAUUCAAAUGGGUCGUUUCAAUACAUUAAAGAAAUUGGCAUUUAAUGAGGGUUCAUUCUUGAAUCAACAUACAGGUGCAAAUAGAUCUACGAAUAAAGAGCUUGUCAAAGAACUAUCGCUCUUAUUGAUGUCUGGAGAAUCGAGUAUUGGUUUUACAAAAAACAGUAAGGAUGACGGCCAAAUAUUAAGUGCAGAAGAAAUCAAAGAACUAACUGACAGGUCUGAUUCGGCCUAUAAAGAGAACAGGGUUGUUGAUUUACCACAUGCUAGGCUUUUUGAAACGGUUUCUGGGUUUUAA